AGGAUACCUUGAACGAAUGUAUAGGAUGACUGCUGAUAUAACUGUCAAACUUCUGCUCACACUAUUAGUGAAGGAUGUUUUAUCUGAACCCUGCAUAACAUCAAAUGAAACGUUGAAGUAUGUUGACCACUGUCCAACGACCAGGAAGGAAUGGCAAGAGCAAUCUCUGCAGAAAAACUGCAAUAAGAUAAACCAGAACUGUACUGAGAGGAACAAUUUCCAGUACCACUGCUUAAUCAAUGAACUAGUAAAUCAAACAGUUGAAGUAUGUGCUCCAGUUACAGAAAUACUUGGGCAUAAAUGUGCAGAGUAUAACGUUAUUGGAACAAGAAUUCAGGAUAAUGCAGUUUUGAAUUGCACAGAUUGUCCAUUCAGAUUCAAUUCAAACGAGGCUUUUAAAUAUCAACAGUGCUACCAAAACGCCAUUCAACGCCAGGCAACAGAAAACGGGACUGGAGCGCAGUGUGAUAAUUUAACAGAAGACAAGGUCUCUUUUUUUGCCUGUCUCACUGCACUCGUAGUUUCAGUUGUCAUCAACAUUGCAUUUUGUGUCGCUUUUUCCUAUUUUCGACGACGGCAUCCAAAGAAAAAGAAGUCUGAUGAAAAUUAUGAAGGGACUGAAGGGACUGAACAAAUACAUCUCAUUUGUGAGGGAGAACCUACAGAUGUACAAGAAAGAAGUCAAGGAAACUCGGAAGCAUAUACGUGUACUGCUUCCUCUGGAUUCUCUCAAGAGGAUUUUAAAAACAUAUGUGUGGCAGGCAUUCAAUUAGGUGAUAGAAUCUGUGGCUUUGCCUUUUCCAAAGGAGACGAUCCUGCAGAAGUAAUUUUGAAAACCCGUGGCCAAUUUCCAAUACCAUUUACAACCACGAGACUUUUACUUAAAAACGGAGAAGUUGUAGUCUAUGGCUAUGAUGCUCUUGAUACGUACAUAGAUUGUUGCAAAAAAAGAACUGCAGAUAACUACAUUUACUUUGAUCACCUUUUUCUAGAACAAGACGAGCAAGAUAAUGAGAUAUAUGUCAGAGACUGCAAUGAUAAAAAAGUAAAGGCAGAAGAAAUUAUCACAAAAUUCCUUAAAUGUGCCAUAACUAGUGCCAAAGAUGAAAUCAAUGAUAAAAUUUACAAGUCAAAAAGUCCUCCUGCUGAUAUUCACUUCAUAUUUACCGUCCCGAAUCGCUGGGGAAAGAAGAAACACGAGGCUAUGAAGAAAAUUAUCAAACAGCUUUUUCAAGCCGAAUCUCCAAGGAAGAAGGUUGACAUUUUGUUUGCCUGUUUAAGCGUAACACCUUUUUUACAUGAAGUAAAAGAAGAAGUUCUGUGCCACAAUUUCAACGUGGAAAACUUAGCUUUUAUUGACGGAACAACCUAUGCAGUAUUAAAUGUUGGAACAUAUGCAUGCGAGAUCAGUUUUAUGACAGCUUUUAGUCACAAGACGGAUACAAUAUAUUACCAAAAUUUCCAGCAUUAUGGGGAAGACGAACCAGACAAACGCUUUUUGCGAAUUUUGAUUGAAAUCUUUUCAGAGAAACCAAUAGAUAGACUGAAAAGGGAUUAUCCGGGUGAUUACUAUACAAUGAUGCAAAGUUUUGAAAUGUGGCAGCUUGAUUGUGACAAAAGCACAACAGAUAUAAAAAUUCAGUUUUCAUCUAACUUCUUAAAUGCAGUUCAAAAUGAAACAGGUACUUUACCGAAAAAAAAACUGAAAUUGUCAGAGUAUAAUGAUAAAAUGAGAUUAGAGAUCUCUAAAGGAAAAACUUCUCUUUUCGUUAAGAAAGACGUAUUGAUGACGUGCUUUUCUAAGGUAGCAGAAAUUGCAUCUAAUUUAGCCAAGACAGAAAUUGUUCAAAAAACCGAAGUAGAUGUUAAAUGUCUUUGUGUCACAGGCAUAUAUUCAAAACCAAAGAUGGUGAAAGACUCUUUAAAACGAAGUUUUCCGAAAAGAACAGUUCUUUUUCCGUCGGUUCCAGAUUUAGUGGUAGCAAAAGGAGCUGCAUUCUACAGAUGUUCUCAACUUACUUCCCAAAAAAAUCAUUAAAUUGUGAAAUUUUAUUAUUUCAACUUGUGUGCCUCAAACAGUUGUUUUACAUGUAUAUAAAUGAUAUUGAAAGAUAAAAGACUAUGUCUUCAACCUGAUGAUGUUGAUGUUUAUUACUUUUAUAAAAAACCGUUUGUAUUAAUAAGUGGUGUAAUACAUGUGCAUAAAAUAAAUUAAAAGAUAA